CACAUCCACAAAGCGGAUGGGGGCAGAAGUGUUUCCUAUACAGAGUGUGUGCGAGGUUGACAGUUGUCUUUCGUUGUUUUGCAGGAAGAGCUGGGAUGCUGUUUUUAUUUGCAAUAUUGUAGCCAGGCUCCUGAUAUAGUGAACACGUUACAAAUUUCAUCGUAACGUUUGCUGUCGUUAUUGUGUGCAUCUCUUGUCUACUCCAUGAAUUCUCAGCGACCCGAGAGCUUAACUUACAGGGGCAGAGAGGAUCCUCCCUAUGGAAGUGGAUUCGCAGCAAGGUCAUUUAAUAAUUCAUCCAGCACGGAUAUUCCACACUGGGUGUCAACACCUCCUGACAUCCCCGGGAGCAGGAACCUCCACUGGGGAGAAAGAACCCCCCAGUAUGGCCCAGCUACACCUAUUGCUCAGGGGCCCAGUGAUGAGUCGGUACAGGGUGGGCCAUCCGGUGAUCAGUUAAACAGAUUUGCAGGAUUCGGUGUUGGGUUGGCAAGUCUGUUUACAGAAAAUGUUUUGGCUCAUCCUUGCAUUGUAUUUCGUCGCCAGUGUCAGGUCAAUUACCAUGCAAGGAACUAUCAUCUUGUACCGUUCACAGCCGUUAGUGUCAUGUACAACUUAACUAAAACACAGGGACCAAAGGCUCUAUGGAAAGGAAUGGGAAGUACAUUUGUUGUCCAGGGUGUAACAUUGGGCACUGAAGGAAUCAUCAGUGAAUGUACUCCACUGCCAAGAGAACUGUCCCAUAAAUGGAAUCUAAAACGGAUAGCUGGGCACCUGAUAUUGAAAGGUUUAACAUGCGUUGUUGCAAUGCCUUUUUACUCUGCCAGCUUGAUUGAGACUGUUCAGAGUGAGAUCAUCCGUGAUGACCCUGGAAUCCUGGACUGUGUGAAAGAAGGGGUCGGUCGAUUGAUUGGAAUGGGCAUCCCCCACAGCAAGCGGCUCUUCCCUCUAUGGGCACUGGUUUUUCCCACCUUCCUGCAUGGUGUGCUCCAUUACAUCGUCAGCUCUACUAUCCAGAAGCUGGUGCUGCUUGUUUUAAGGAAGAAAUCUCCUCAGCGGCAGGUGACAGAUGGCACAGAGCCUAUUCAGAACAUGCUUGACGCGUACUUCCCUGAACUCAUGGCGACGUUUGCAGGAAAUCUGUGCGCAGAUGUUUUGCUGUACCCACUGGAGACUGUGCUGCACCGUCUUUACCUCCAGGGGACCCGCACCAUCAUUGAUAACACAGAUCUGGGUUUUGAAGUCCUCCCUAUUAAUACACAGUAUGAAGGACUGAGAGACUGCAUUAAUACAAUCAGGAAAGAGGAGGGAACCCUGGGAUUUUAUAAAGGCUUUGGCUCUAUUAUUGUCCAGUAUUCAUUGCAUGCUGCUGUGCUGCAGAUCACUAAAAUGAUUUACUCUGUAAUGUUGCAAAAUGCUGCCUGAAAACAAGGCCCUGUAUGUAGAUUGGUCCCUGUCUAGAGAAGCCUGCUGGUUUGGAAAUGGGCUGGUACUGACACUGUAACAGAAGCACCAGCUCAAACAAAGGUUUCAUUACAGAACAUAAACAAUCCUGUAAAGAUUUGUUAGAACCACAUUUAGCUAAAAUAUACUGAGCUUUUUUCAGGUGCUUGAUUUGCACUUAUUUUUGUUUGUUUGUUUGUUUCACAUACUCUCUGUUGGCUGUUCACUCAUCUUCCUUUGUUGUAAAAGUUUCAUUAUAUACAGGAUUUUCAAAUAGCUAUCAUGUCAUAUUCUUUCCUGUUACAGUGUUUUUUCAUGCCCAGUGUUUCAUCCCAGAACACUUAGCUAUCAAUUUCAGCUUUAUUUCUAAUUUAAAUAUGUGCUCAAUCUGUCCCUAUUGGAUUUAGGGCUGCACCUCUACAUUACCUUACAGUUUGGCCCAUUUCGUUAUCAUUUUUUAACACAUACCACACCAUAAAUAGUACACUCCCCUUUGGCACACUUUAUCCUUUUUAUUUCUGAUGGUUAAGAGAGGAUAGUUGCAGUUGGCCAUGCAUUAAUGGGGGGUAUAACUGAAUACAAAUCAUACAUAACACAUUUUUAUGAAGUUCAUGUUAGUGUAGCAAUUCUGAUUUGCCGUAAUGUUGAAUAACCAACAUCUUUUAAGUCCCAUACAUAACCAAAAUCAAAACAAUGAGCAAAACACUAUGAGCAAAUAAGGCUAUUGUACAUGCGACAGACUGACUGUGCACAUUAGGGUUUAUACUUUGAUUUCACAGUUAAUUUUCUGUUUUAUUUUUCAUUAAAUGGAAAGUCUUUAUUUUGAUAUUGUCUUUAUUUUGAUAGUGUAGUGCUUGUGCCUGGCUUCUGUCAUAUUAUUUUAUUUCUUGAUAAAGAUAAGACACUGGUGAUCUGUUUCAGUUGCAGGUAUCUGAAAGGUGAGCUGAUUUUAAAUGUACAUAAAAUGUGAAAAAGAUUCAUAUAUGUAGCACUGACUCUGCACUAUGCUUCUAUUUGCUUGGACUACUAAAGUUGAGGGAUGUAAUUAAGCUGUGGUAGAAUGAUAGUGAGAAGUUAUUAGUAAAUUCCAGUUGUAUUGCUUGGUUUAGAUCUGUGUUGUCUGUAUAGCUCAAUGCUUGAAUGAUGUACAUUACCAAGGUUGUUUAUAUUUUUUGUGAACAAUUCCCCAAAUAAAUUUCUGAAAAGGGA